UUGAGGAAGGUCGGUAACGAUGUCAGUCCGGUGCUUUUGAAGUAGUGUAAGUGGUGUUUGAUGUUAUAACAACACUCGCAUAUACAAUAGACAAUAAGCACCUGUUCACACCUUUGAUUCGGAUACCUGAAUAGUGUCAUAGAGUUGAUCCGUGCACACAUUUCGAGAAGAGGAUUGUUUUACCUGGCUAAACGGACAACUCCCAUGCUUCUGUCCUUCGGAAGGAAAUCUAACAGAUGGAGCAGUCUAUAGGGGUGUGGCUGUGACCCACAAUGGCAAGCAACCAUGGCAGCUCAGAGCCAUUUGAAGACUACUGGAAGGAGUUCGAUGACAUUGAAAGCAGUAAAGGAUCAGAUGAUGAGGAGGAGCUGUCCAAAACCCCAGAUGAGGGGGAACAAGAAGCGGAGUGGCUCCAACGGGCAGGAUAUGGAUUUGUUGCAAGCAAACUACAUGAUGGAAAGGAGCUGAGUGAUGAUGACCUGGAGGGUUUGACAGAUGAGUUGUCUGUCCCCCAGGCGGAGGCGGUGCGGAAACGUAUCGACACACUGACCACCACAAUGAGGAAGAAACAGAAACAGAACAAGAUCCAUGUGAAGGACAUCUUUACUAACAUGGAUGCUGGGCAACCAAGAAGUCCAACACUGGAUUAUCUGGUCCAGACUGCCGACAUCAGGAGAGAAAGUACCAAAACCGAGAGCACCUGCCUGGUCAUAGCAUCCUUUCUGAGGGGCUACAACCUUGAGACAAUUCGUGGUGUCCAGGUGCUGAGCAUCAACCCCAUGACGACACAGAACAGGUUGUCACGGACUCAGCUGCAGCCAAUCACAGACACUGAUUUCUCCAUGGACUUCCAUCUUGAGGAGAGAGACAACAAGAGCAAUUCGCAAAGGAAUCCACUUGAUUUACCUGCAUUCAACAUGAAGCACGACCCACUGGGCACCACACGGAUCAACGACCUGGGCACUGCAGACCUCGACAGUCUACGAGCCCUCGCCCACAUAGAACUCAGUGCUCUCUUUGAUAUGAAUGGGUUAAUGUUUGCCAGACCAAAGAAAAAGAAAAAGAUUAAAGAACAUGGUUUGUUUGGUGUCCCAAUCCACAUCCUGUUGGAGAACGACCAGCGGAGAGCUCCCAAUGCCAAAAUACCACUUAUAUUUCAGGAGUUGAUCCGUUUUCUAGAAAAGGAAGGCCUCAGAACGGAGGGUAUACUUCGAGUGCCUGGAGCGGUAUCAAGAAUAAAGCACUUACGACAUGAAUUAGAAGAGAAGUUUUACUUGGGAACUUUCCACUGGAAGGAUGUUUGGCCCAAUGAUGCUGCAGCUCUCAUGAAGCAAUUUAUCCGAGAUCUACCAAUACCUCUGUUGACCUAUGACUACAUCGAUGCCUUCCCACAAGUCAAGUCGAUCAAGACGACACUGGAGCAGCUGAGAUGCCUCAACUUGCUGGUGCUGCUUCUGCCUGAUGAACAUCGGGAAACUCUCAGGGUUUUAUUAAAAUUUCUGCGCAAGAUUGUAAACUACAGUAAAGACAACAAGAUGUCGCUGAGCAAUGUUGCCAUGAUAAUGGCCCCCAACUUGUUCCUGGGACCAGCUACACGGAACAAGUCAGUCAGCAUAGAACAGAAGGAGCUGACCAAGGCACACGGAACGUCAAGUAUUGUGAAGAUGCUGAUACACUACCAGGAGGAACUGUGGACGGUGCCCCCAUCCUUUGUCAGACAGCUGAGGAUUCAAAAUGAGGCAGAUAUUUUGCGGAAAAAUAGGAAAAGAGGAUUCCGUGCUCGCAAGGACAAAGCUGAUUUUUACAGAAAGUCAGCUCCAAUUUCAGAGGCGGACCUAGCAGAGGGGGUGAUCCUGGUGAAGGCGCCACACCUCACCAAACUCUCCACCAGGAUGAAGCUGGAUGAGCUGACCACAGCCAGGGACAUUGUGGCCAAGUUCAGCCGCAUUGCAGGGCCACACCCAAGUGGGGGGCUCGGAGAGAGUUUCUCAUCUCGGGAACAUCACAGUCAUGCAUUGCACAGCAUGAGAUUCCGGAACCCAGACAAUGCACAGUUUGCAGAUGACAAUGCAUACCUGUUUGAGGUUGGAGGCAAUAUAGGUUGUUACCAGUGUUUGGAAUGCAACCUUCCCCAACAGUAA